UGGAAAGAGAGGAGCUGGAAAGACAUGUUAUCUCUUCUUACCACUACGUCUUAGACAAGUUUCUGAAAACUUAGUUUCCUGGAAUUUUUUGAAAGGAACCUCCCCUUCCCUUGUUUUCUCUGUGUGCUUCUGGGUUCCCUGACUGCAAGGAAGAGAAAAUGGAUUUUAUGGGAGUGGGGCUGGAAGGCCUUUCUGUCCCUGUCUAGAUGACACCUUCCUGAUCAUUCCACCUGUCGCGUCCCUCAGCUGUCUUGCAGCACCUAAUAUCCCCAAAAACUUGCCAACAGGAUAGAUCUCAACACUACGUAAUAACUACAGCUCUCCCCCAGUAGACAAGGAAUGCUCAAGUCCCUUCCUUUGCAUAUAACCCACUCAUAAUACCCCAAAAUACCGUAAAUCUCUCUAGAUUUCUAGUACAAUGGAAAGGCUAAUAGUUGCAUUUUGGAGGAUGACAAGAAAAGUGUGUACAUGUUCAGAACAGAUAUGAUUUUUUUCUUUCUCAAUGUUUUUAUCUCGGGUUGGGUGAAUCAUUAAAUGUAGACCUGCAGGUACAUGGGACGAAAUGCCUCUUUAUUUUUUUCUUUUUUUUUUUUUAAGGACAGUGUUACACUAUGCAGUCGUAGCUGGUCUGGAACUUGCCAUGUAGACCAGACCAGGCUAUCCUUGAGCUCAUACAGAUCCACCUGAGACAUGUGCCACUAUACCUGGCUGAUCUCAACUCUUUAGGCUAGUCUGGAACUGUUUAGUUCAGGCUGCCCUUGAACUGGAGGCGAUCUCCCUGCCUCCGUUUGUAAAUGUUGGGAUUAUAGGUGUGUACCACCAUGCCUGGUUUACAGUGUGGAUGUUUUGAGUAUGUGAUUCUCUUGUCUCUUGAACAGAUUUCUCAGAGGAUAAGCAGAUGAGUAAUAACAGGCCUCCCAACCCUUAUUUUUUACUCCAGCUAGAUACAGAGAAGACCUCAUACCUCUACUCCACAGAGAUCACACUGUGGACUGUGGUGGCAGCCAUUCAGGCCUUGGAGAAGAAAGUAGAUUCUUGCCUGGCCCGCUUGCUGACUCUGGAAGGACGCUCAGGGACGGCGGAGAAGAGGCUGGCUGACUGUGAGAAGACAGCUGUUGAGCUCAGCAGCCAGCUGGAGGGCAAGUGGGCUGUGCUGGGGACCCUGCUACCGGAGUAUGGGUUGCUGCAGCGGCGGCUGGAGACCGUGGAGAACCUCAUGCACAACCAGAACUUCUUGGUCUUGCGGCUUCCCCCUGGCAGCAAGAGCGAGUUCCCCAAGGUGCCUAUGACCUUUGAUGACUUGGCUGUGUAUUUCUCUGAAUUGGAGUGGGCCACACUGGAGGACUGGCAGAAGGAGCUCUAUAAACAUGUGAUGAGGGACAACUACGAGACACUGGUCUCCCUGGAUUGUGCCAUCUCUAAACCAGACAUCCUCAACUGGAUAGAGAGGGGAGAAGAGCCUUUUCCUGCAGGCCCCUGUGGCCAGGGGAGGGGGACUGAGGAGGAGGCAGCAUGCCCAAGGAAACCAAACACUGGAAUUCCUCUGAGUCCAGAGCAUGCCCCAAGUCAAUCUAGGCCUGCCCAGAUGGAGCCAAAAGAAAGGCAGGCACCUGAGCAGCAGCAGCAGCACAAGGAAUCAAGAGUUACUCUACCUGAGCCUGGCACUGGGAUUCCCGCAAGCACCAACACUUCACCAAUUAAACAGGAAGAAGAAUCUUCAGAGGGAGAAUUGCCACCCUCCCCUCCCACAGACAGCCUGCCUUCUGUAGGGCCAGGUGGUGGUGCUGUGGCCAUCAAGACAGAAGCCCAGUCUGAGGAUGAACCUGAGCAACACCUUCCGGAGUCCCCAAACCAGUCCAUGUAUAGAGUCCACAAAAGGCCCAGGAACAAGACUGGAGGCCCCAGAUGGGAUCAUGCCCAGGAAGUGUCUAGGGUACAGAUUAGGGAGCCCCAGGCAGCAGAGGCUGUGGAAGAGCCACCCCGUAUUCUUCCUCGACAACGGCAGCAGGCAUUCCCGUGCCCUGACUGUGGGCAGGCCUUCCGCUUGAAGAUUAAUCUGACAAUCCAUCAGCGCACCCAUGCAGAAGAGGAGGAACACACGGACGAGGUUUGGAGUGGCUUGGCUGUUGGGUCAGGGGACAGCCACUCCACACUGGAACCAGGGGAGGUGGUGGUGCCUGGCCCUGUCAUCCACUGGCUACCUGGGGAUCCCACAAGCCACCGUUCCCUGGCAAGCAAUGCUUUCAUGGGACAAAGGUCAGCAGCUAAGGUAUACCACUGUAGUGAAUGCCUGCGCUCCUUCCAGCGACGAAAGACCCUGAUACUUCACCAGCGUCAGCACACAGGCAACAGGCAAGGCUGGCCUGCCUGUCCCUACUGUGGCAAGGCCUUCCGCCGGCCUUCUGACCUCUUUCGUCACCAGCGUAUCCACACUGGUGAGCGUCCAUAUCAGUGCCCCAAGUGUGACCGAACCUUCAACAGGAACCACCACCUGACUGUCCACAUGCAGACCCACCCCUGAGGCCAGGCUAGCCUGCAUUUCCUCCUGUCUGCUGUCCCCUUGGGGAGCCCAGUGCUGCAGGGUCUCAGCCCUGAAGAGGAAGGCUGACCAGAGGAGCCUGCCAUGGCACUGUCUGGCACUCCUGAGUGCCCUGGCAGGAUCUGCAUUCUCAGAGUCUUUCCCUUGUGCCUGACCUGACACUGGUCCCUCAUUCUGGCAUGACUUUGGAGAGUCUUACUGGUUUUGUUUUCCAUUUAGAUGGGGAGAAGUCACCCUUUUGGUGACUGUAGGUAUGUGACAGGGUGUCGCCAUCUCCUAAUUCCUCUCUUUUGGACAUUCCUGACUUGUGAAAGAUUCCUUCAGAUUUAAAGUGGGGUCUUGGGCUGGUACUUCAGUCAGUAGGAACAGAUUUUUGUCUCUUCCAGAAUGGGACAAGAGAGGCAUGGAGGUUGGGGGGGAUUUGAAUGGAUAAAAUCUGCAGUCUACUUGAGAACAAAGAGUGCACAGAUGGCUAAGGGAAGGCACUGGAAAUUUGCAUUGUAAAAUGUUACUUAGUGCCAGGCGUUGGUGGCGCACGCCUUUAAUUCCAGCACUCGGGAGGCAGAGACAGGCGGAUCUCUGUGAGUUCAAGGCCAGACUGGUCUCCAGAGAGAAUGCCAAGAUAGGCUCCAAAACUACAGAGAAACCCUGUCUUGAAAAACCAAAAAAAAAAAAAAAAAAAAAAAAAAAAUUAUUUAUUUUUUAGUGUUACUUUGAGAUUUUUCUUGGAGAUUCCAGACCUAAGAGACAGGAACUUCCUGCUGCCUCCUUCAUGUCAUGCUGACAUGGUGGGAGGACCUACUUAGUGUAGACCUGUCUUGGGGAUGGCUUGGCUGCUGUUCUCAAAGCCUAGAGUGGCUCACAGUCUUCCCUGCCUUUCCCUCACAUGGCAGUCACAUCAAUUACUACUUUUAUUAGGAGUUGUAAAGGAAAUGGAAGCUAGGAAUGGAUCACUCUUUUCAGGUGUCAGGGUUGAUAUUGUGGUUGACCCAUUGUGACAGACCUGCAAAAAUGCAUGAAGGAAAUUAUACAGGAAGCCCCUGCCUGGGGGACUCUGUGGCAGAAUCUAGGGAAUUCUUCAGCUCUCUCGAGCCUCAUGGUUCUUGUCUGACAAGGAAAACAGGAAGUCACCUUAGAGUUGUCUGUGUCAAAAGAGGCACUAGACAUAUGCACCUAGCUUUCUCCUUCCUUUCAAGUCUGGGUAUCUUCUCUUUGCUGACCUUGUGCUCUUCCCCCCCAGGCAGACUCCUUCAGGAAGGAGUCUCUUUUGCCAGGUGUCGGUUCCUUCAGGUUCUAGAAAGUAAGACUUUCUAGCUGAGCUGGUAUUUUAGGGGCCUUCAAAAACACAUGCUGAAGACACAGCGUCAGACUACAUAGAGUCUUGAGGGUGGCUGGUUCAUUGUGCCUUGUUGCCACACCGUGUCGAGUGCUGCCUAGACAGCUGUCCUGAUAGUUUGCUCUCUUUUGACACUCAGACACCAGGGCACAUUCAGGAGGAUGCCUUCAUCUGGCUGUGCUAUUUCCUGAUGUCCUUCAGACUCUUGCCUCUCAAAAGUCCUGAACAGAUGAGGCAGAGGGUAGCACUGCCAUCAUUCCCUGGGGCAGGGGAGCAAGCCUGUGGCAGUUCAACCAUGGUUCUGGAUCCCAUUUGCCUGCUCACCCAACUGUUGUCUAAGCCCUCUCAAGCAAGACAGCAGCUGUCAGUAAAUGCUCAGACAGGAUGUACACAGUGUAUCUGUCUCAAGUAUAAUCCUCAGCUGCAAGAGCUGCCUGCUGCUGUUCUGGAGGUGCAGGGCUAAGGUUCCUAGGCCUAUUUUCUAAUGCUAAAUGCUCCCUGGAAACAAGUACCCUACAAAUACAAGUGCUAGGGUUGGGGAAAGCGGUGCUGUGUAACUUUAUUUUAUGGGCUUGAGUGACUGUAUUUCCUCUACCUCCAGAAUGCUAAGAUUUGCUUGCCGGAGCCAUCAUGCCUAACUGGGCUUAUUUUGUUCUGGAAUUCAGUGGGACACGUUGAGGGGUGUUUUGAGUUAAAAAUGAACGAAGGCACCUGCUUUUUUCAGGAACCCAGCGAUGGCGUCCAGACCCUUCUGGCUUCCUCAUUUUUAAAACAAAGAAAUGGUUGGGCCAUAUGGCUCUAAGAACUCUGAAGGUGGCAAUCUUAGCCUAAUUGGUGCUCAAUAAACACGUUGCUUAAA